CCUUUUCACUAGUUUUAUAUUUCAGUACUUCACACAAGUGGGAAACUUUAUUCUUCCAGCUCUCCAAAAUAUGAAGUAUCUAGAUUAUGGGAAUUGGGUGUUCAAAAAGAGAUGCAAUAACCUGUUUCUUUAAAUGAUGACAAAUCAGUCAGGAUUUGGUAAAAAAAAUGUAUACAUUUGUUUAUGAACUAAUGUGCCUUGUUUUGCUAUUUUUAAGGAUGGGUUGCACUGGCAGUAGUCAGCAGAAGGAGCAAGACAAUCAAUUUGGUGGAGCAAAUGGGCUGCGAGACAAUACAUACCCCCUCCGUGGUCCUCUUGCUCUUCCAGUUGAUCCAAGAAUACAUCCUCCAGAACAUGAUGAGAAAAUUGUCAUAGCUCUGCACAGUUAUGAGCCAGUUAACGAACAUGACCUGCCGUUCAACAAAGGGGAUAAACUUAAAAUUUUACAAGAUAAUGGGGAUUGGUGGCUGGCAAAGUCCUUAGAAUCUGGAAAGGAGGGGUAUAUUCCAAGUACUUAUACAACACCACUGGAUACCCUGAAGGAGGAAAGGUGGUUCUUUAAAAAUAUAAGCCGGAAAGAAACGGAACGUCUGCUCCUUGCACCAGGAAACAAACCAGGAGCCUUUCUGGUUAGAGAAAGUGAAACAAGCAAAGGAGCUUUCUCCCUGUCUGUGAGGGAUCCCUCUGGAUCACACGGAGAUGUAGUCAAACACUACAAGAUCCGUUCCCUAGAAAAAGGUGGCUAUUACAUCUCCCCUAAGAUUGACUUCCCUUCUAUAAAACAUCUGGUGCAACAUUACUCAAAAGAAUCAGACGGUCUGUGCCAGCGACUGACGGUGCCCUGCAAAGCUCCAGCACCCCUGACAGCAUGGGGGCAGGAUGAGUGGGAGAUCCCCAGAGAGACCCUGAAGAUGGUCAAACGACUCGGCGCAGGGCAGUUUGGGGAGGUGUGGAUGGGAUAUUAUAAGAACAACCAAAAGGUUGCCAUCAAGUCCUUGAAGGAAGGCAGCAUGCCCUCUGAAGCUUUCCUGGAAGAGGCCAACCUAAUGAAGCAAAUGAAGCAUAGCAAGCUGGUGCAGCUCUAUGCUGUUGUUACCAAGGACCCAAUACUAAUUGUUACAGAGUUCAUGGCCAAUGGCAGUUUACUAGACUUUCUGCAAACCGAUGAAGGACAUAGACUGCAGCUUCCAAAACUGAUUGACAUGUCAGCACAGAUUGCAGAGGGAAUGGCAUACAUUGAGAUGAAACAUUACAUUCACAGAGACUUGCGUGCUGCCAACAUCCUGGUUUCAGAAACACUGACAUGCAAAAUCGCAGACUUCGGCCUUGCCAGGAUCAUUGAGACAGAAUAUACAGCACAGGAGGGUGCCAAAUUCCCCAUCAAGUGGACAGCACCAGAGGCGAUCAACUUUGGCACUUUCAGCAUCAAAUCAGACAUCUGGUCUUUUGGGGUUCUACUCACAGAAAUUGUUACAUACGGAAGGAUACCUUACCCAGGCAUGACCAACCCUGAGGUCAUCCGAAACUUGGACAAGAACUAUAGGAUGCCUUGCCCCGAUGGCUGCCCCAUUGAGCUCUAUGGCAUCAUUUUGAAGUGCUGGCGAGAGAGACCAGAAGACAGGCCCACAUUUGAAUACUUACAGGUCACCUUGGAGGACUUCUAUAUAUCAACAGAAACACAGUAUGAGAUGCAGCCAUAGUAUCAACAGUCAGCUACUUUCUGUCAGGAAAGCUUGAGCUAUCACAGGAUUCAUGAAGUCAAAACAUCAUGGAUGUUUGUAUACAGUGCCUUUUCCUACCUUGAUAUAGGUCUUGAACUUUGUUUUUUCAACUGGUGAUGUAGUGUUUGUAACCGUCUUGUCUCUAGCCUCUGUUACCACGGGUUAUACAAUGUUAACUUGACAUUUUAAUGUUUUAGUUCUUUAUGAGGUAUUUCUUUCUCUGUCUUUACAGUACACAUAGUCUAAGUCACUGGCAUGCUGAAACUGUUAGUGCAAGAGAUAAAGAACAAGGACAUCAAAUCUAGGAAUGUUUUGCCAUAGUCUAAACUUCCAAACCUUGUAUAUUACUGUAUUUUCAAGUAAUAUAAAAAUAAAUCUUUUGAUAUUCAAGGCAGUUUGUUGGUCAAAUCAUAGGACCAACAGCCCACAUUCCUCAACCACAUUGACUUUCUUUGUGGACCUGGGCUUUAUUUCUCCAUGCUGUAUAAUGUAAUAUAUUGGAAUGUUUUUUUUGUUGGUUUUUUGGGUUUUUUUUUUUAGAUAUCUAGGAAAGAUACUGUCUAGGUCAUAUUUUUUUAUUGAAAAUGUCAGCGUAUUAAAUAUCGACUAUUUUAUCUAAACCAUUAGGAAUUUUAUAUUGGGCUAUGUUAUCAAAGCAAUUGUUAUUCUAAACAGGUACCAUAUACUGAAUUAUGUUGUUAGCUAUAACCGUGGUAAUGUUCAUUGUGCAUAAUAAUAAAUUAGGAAGUGGCUAUUUCAUUGAGAAGUUAGUUACUGGGCCUGACUGUGGGUCAUACCAUUGCUUCUAUCAAACAUGUGUGUGGAUCAUUCUGUGGCAAAUCAACUCAAAUUAUACAUAUGUUCAAGCACUACCUUCUCAAAUGGUGUUCAAAUUGAAUAUAUUAUAAUAAUAAUCUUUUUAGAGCACAAAUACUAAAUGUCAUUAUGUCCAGUAAUUGUCAAAUGAGGGCCCACUUUCCCAUAAUCAACUUUAAAUUGUGUACUUCUGUAUAUGGAAACAACUGCAAAGCAAGUGUCCUAAAAAUCAAUAAUGGUACAUUGUAUGUUUAAUUAAGUUUAAUACCAACCGGGUCAAAGUGUACAUACUAACUAAUGUUUACUAGCACUGGAAGUAUUGACAACUAUACUAACUCAGGUGACACAAUUAAAUCAGUUACUUCAUUUAUAAUAAUAAUAAUACGUUUCCCAUUGUUUUGCUUUUUAACUCAUAAGAAAUCCAAAAGUUAUAAUCCAACAUAUGUCUAAACGCAAAGUGUAGUGAAUAGUCUUAUUAUAAUGUAUAUUAAAGCGCUUUAUGUACACCUGUGUUUGUGAAAGUCAGUUUCAACAGCACAUACAAAUGAAUAAUGGUGUGGCAAACAGUGAUAGGCUACAGUAUAAAUAAGGAGGUGAAAACUGAAAGGUUAAACUCUUCUUCCUAUCAUUGGAUGAAAACAACAUGAAUGACAUGAAUGUACUGCAUAAAAAUUAAAAUAAAAACCUUGCCCGUGAGCAAGUGCUGCCGUAGUUGUAGCAGUAAUGGUACAUGACAGGCUUGCAACCGGUACGCACUGGCAGUUAUUCGUCAUGACAAUAUGAUUCCUCAACCACAAUACUCCCUUACUCGCACUACAGUAAUGUCUGAAUCUGUUUCUACCACUGAAUCAUGGAGAUAUUAGAAAUUAUGAUGAGAGGUGUUUGUUGUGAACUUUCAAAGUUACUGAUGGGGAACCAAAGCAGCCACUCUGUGUAACGUUCCUACAGCAUGUCCCCCAAUUCCCUAUACUAGUGAUUCAUGCAAUAUUUCUACAGUAAAUACAGUACUGGUGUU